AUGUCCUCGAGUGCCUCCAGUGGAGUGCCUCCCAGUGGAGUGCCUCCCAGUGGAGUGCCUCCCAGUGGAGUGCCUCCCAGUGGAGUGCCUCCCAGUGGAGUGCCUCCCAGUGGAGUGCCUCCCAGUGGAGUGCCUCCGUGGAGUGCCUCCAGUGGAGUGCCUCCCAGUGGAGUGCCUCCCAGUGGAGUGCCUCCCAGUGGAGUGCCUCCCAGUGGAGUGCCUCCCAGUGGAGUGCCUCCCAGUGGAGUGCCUCCCAGUGGAGUGCCUCCCAGUGGAGUGCCUCCCAGUGGAGUGCCUCCCAGUGGAGUGCCUCCCAGUGGAGUGCCUCCCAGUGGAGUGCCUCCCAGUGGAGUGUCCUCCCAGUGGAGUGCCUCCCAGUGGAGUGCCUCCCAGUGGAGUGCCUCCCAGUGGAGUGCCUCCCAGUGGAGUGCCUCCCAGUGGAGUGCCUCCCAGUGGAGUGCCUCCCAGUGGAGCCCUCGGUUUCGCCAUCGCCCCAAAGGGGCGUCCUCGGCGGCGCGAAAAUGA